GAGAGAGAGAGAGAGAGAGAGAGAGAGAGAGAAGGUGAAGAAGGGCAGUGUUCGGAGUGGACCUGGGGGCCCUGCACCCCCAGCAGCAAAGAUUGCGGCAUGGGUUUCCCCGAGGGUAUCUGUGAGGCCCAGACCCAGCGCGUCCAUUGCAAGGUGCCCUGCAACUGGAAGAAGGAAUUUGGAGCCGACUGCAAAUACAAGUUUGAGAGCUGGGGGGCGUGUGAUGGGAGCACUGCCAACCAAAGCCCAGCCCGCCAAGGGACCCUGAAGAAGGCUCGGUACAGCGCCCAGUGCCAGGAGACCAAGCCCUGCACCUACAAGACCAAGUCGAAGACCAAAGCUAAGAAAAGAAAAGGAAAGGACUAAGUCAGGAGGCCAGGGAGCCUCUGGCCUUGCCGGGAGUCUGGACGGAGCCCUCCUCUCCCACAGGCCCAAGAUAUAACUUACCAGUGCCUUUUGUCUUCCUGUCAGCUUUGUCAAUCACGCCUGCC